ACAAUAGACAUUUUUCGCAAUAUUGGAUAAAAAUUGUAUUAUGUAAUUUUGGCAAAAUUAAGUUACUACACCGUCGCGGCGUUGCGUCGUGCGGGCCCGGCAUACAAGGCUACCUUACAUACAUAGAAAAUUCCUUUCUUUCCCGUGAGCAUUGUAAGAGGCGACUAAUGGAAUUAAAUGGUCGAGAGAUAGCUAGCAGAAACCCUCUUAAAACAUCAUUAAACCUAAAUGUGGUUGCCAAGCGUUGCCACUACUGAUAAAAAGGGGAAGGUGCCAGUAGUAAUGGUGGUUAAAACCUAUGUUCAGCAGUGGAAAGUUAACCGCUGAUAUGAUGACCACGUUCUAAUUAUAAAGAUUCAAAUAAUGAUAUGAUGAUGAGUAAAAGUGAAGAAAAUAAUAUCGAUUGGAAAAUAAUAUUUGACAUUUGGGUAAAAAUAAAAAAUUGUAUCUGGCAAUUUUGUUAAUUUAUUGUCAUCGUAAUGUUUUCAAAUUAUAUGUAAUAAUAGUCUAAUCUUUUAUUUUAAUAAAUUAAAUAAACAAUACCGGCAUAAGAUUGUAGGGAUUGACCUGAGACGGAAAUGGAACAUUUUGAUUAUGAGUUACUUAAAGUACACUUUUACAAACUCGUUUCACACCGUUUUAAAAACAAUUCUAUAGUUCGAGCCACAUAUCCGUGGUCAAGAAUAUCUUAUGAUGGUCUUAUCACAGUGAUUGAGAGGUGCAAAGCGAAAAGCAAGGAAGAAAGGAAAAAGACUCCAUUUACAACAUUCGAAUUGCGUGUGUUAGCAGGCUACGAUAUAUUAUUCGAAAAUGGUCGGAAGAAGCUCAUCCUAAAAAGAAAAUCGGCGACAGAUCCGAUUUUAAAGGUAAUCCCUGACGAUGAGAGCUUUGAUUUAAUUGCGUUGACACACAUUGAAAACAAUCAUUGUAACCAAGAGAAACUUCUGCAGUUACUAAUUAAAAAUUACAGUAUUAAUAUUAUGUGCGUGGAAAUAUUUUUCCAACUUCACACAACUUGUCACUGCAAUAAUCCAGUUAAGAAAAAAUCAGUUAAUUUCUAUGAUGAAUGUUAUAUUUCUAUUAUUGAUUUGAGACAGUAUUUUGAUGACCCUUUCAAUUAUAUAAUAAUGUUGGUGGAUAAAGUGACUGGUUUUGCAAUUUUGAGACCAAUAGUUAAUAUAACUGAGACAUAUUUAACCAUUGAAUUCAUGAAGAUCUUCACCACUUUUGGUGCACCAAGGUUGUUGAGAACGAGUAAUCAUCUGGCGCUCCAUACUACGGCUAUGAACAGAGUAAACAAACUGUGCGGUGACUUUGAUGUUGUAGUUACAGCUUGUGACGAUUCAAAUCUUUCUAGACACAACAAGAAGGUGAUAUUGAUGUUAAAGGAAUGGAUAGUGUCGUCCAAUAGCAGAUCUUGGGCGGCUGCUAUUCAAAUGCUGCAGUGGCAGUUAAAUAAUGCACCUGAUGAUGUAGUGUUUCGAGGUCCUGAGAACAGGAGAGUUGUUCCAUACAUAAAAGUUUUUAAUCAUCACUGCAAUUAUCCUCUUAAUGCUACGCCCACUUGGACGAAAGUCGAACACACUGGGAAAUCUCAUGCCUAUUUAGAUGCAUUAAUAGAGAAGAUUAUCAGUACUAAUACUGUAUCUGAGGUGAAUGAAAUUAUGUCUGAUGUUGAUAAUUCAGAUAGUGAUGAUACUAUACUAAAAUGUUUUGUAUGUCAUCAUGAAAUUUCAAAUAAAAAAACCUGUAAAAAAUGUAUGAAACAUAUUCAUGAGGUUUGUAGUCAAAUAUCAGUUGUUAACGGCAAUUUAGAGUUUGUAUGUACAUUGUGUGCCUUUAAACGACCUGAUAACAGUAAUAAAAGUGAUGUACCUUGAGUUUGUCUUUGAAAUUCCUUUUUUUUU